CGGCAAGAUGGCGGCGGCGGCGGUGGGCAGCGGCUGCGGGCCCGGGCCCCGGCCGUGGUGCUGGCGGCGGCGGCCGCGCUUGGCUUGUAGUCACUGGAUGCUUCUUCAUGUGAGCCUUGCAGGACAGAUUUGACUACCUGUCAGAAACUAGAAAAGACAACUGUAGUCCUUGAGGCUGAAUCAUCUGCACAAUAGACAGACCAACAGCUGGCCUCUGAAGUACAAUCCCUGCCCCCCACCUUCUAGAAGACGCAUGGCAUGUUAACUCUAGGGAGAUCAUGAAAUCUGGAAAGAGAACCAGAAUACAAGUGUCACAGAACAAUCAGGGCAGGAUUAUGAGAACCAGCUUCAAUCAAGAGCCAGCUUCAGUCACUGUAACUCAGCCUUCUGGGAUUUUUAUUUAUUAUUUAUUCCCUCCCUGCCCCCAGCUGGCAGGACACACAAUAUUGAGGAUCUUGGAUAAAAUUUAUCAAACCCUCACUUGCAUGACAGACAGCUUGACUGUGUUCCCGAUGAUGAUGGUGGCAGGGGUAGCCGUUGCUGCAGUUGUAGGUGUUGUUUUGCUCAUCUCUCUUAUUGCGUGUAUCGUCGUCAGAAAGAAGAACUCUAUAAAACAUUAUUCUGGCUGCAGUACCCCUGAGAGUUUGAUGUCACCGGUUAAGCAGGCUCCACGGAAGUCACCCUCUGACAUGGGGUGUCUGGUAAACAGCGUGCCCACCAGAUCACACCAGGGCCCAGUUAUAUAUGCGCAGUUAGAUCACUCUGGAGGGCAACACAGUGACAAAAUCAACAAGUCUGAGUCCGUGGUCUAUGCUGACAUUUGGAAGAACUGAGAGGAAGUCCCAACCAAUCCAAAGCAAAACGCGCAUCUAAACUGGAAUUGCUUGAAUGAAAUGUGACCCAGAGAACUCACAUGUGGCCUUUGAUGCCCUAGCCUAGGACCAAUGCAUGUGGAUACAGAGAGAAAGAUAUAUAUGUAUUGUGUGUAAAUAGUCUAUUUAAUUGUACAGAAGUGAAACUAAUGUUGCAUGUUAAGAUGUGGUAAGAAUUCUGCUUAUAAAUUGCCAAUAUUCUUUUUUUGUAUCUAGGAUAAGGAGAGAGAAAGUGAACAUUCACAACCAUCAUGGUUUUAAAAAUAUUUUUAUCUUAAUCAUGAAUGGAAAAACUGGAAAAUGCUUGAGAUUCUAGACUGACCUGACCUUUCUCUUUGUGGGGGGAGGGUGACUUUCCUAUUAAGAGGGAUAUGAGGAAGGUUGUCCCUUCCCCUGUCUCCAGUCUUAUUGGAAUGUUUUUCUGUACCACUUAUCUUUUCAUUCGGACUCCUCCUGCAUCUCAUUGAAUACAUGAGCUAGGGAUGUAAAUAUCAUUUUAAAAAUGAUUAGUUUAACCUCCUGUAAUUAUGUUGGUUAAACAGUUAACCCGAUAACACAGCAGCUCAAACACAGCUGCUUCUAGGAGCAGUUCUCUGGCCCUUGUGGGUUGGGGGGGCAGCGGUGGGUGGCAAGACCUAAUUGAUGAGUCAUUAGGCCACCUACUGUUUUCCUUUUAGGCUAUGGGGACUAGUCCCCCUUGCCUCUUUCUCCUCCCCCCUCCUCCUCCCCUCCCCUCCCCUUCUUGUCUUCCUCCUCUCCCUCCCUCUUGCCUGCCCUGCCACCUUCUGGUUCCAGCUGGGGCACCAUGCAGCUUCCCUUCCUACCCUGCCCCAAGCUAAACAAUAAGCUAGCCGUUUUAUCACUGGGCUUAUUGGUUAAACAAUUGUUUAACCUUUCAUAUCCCCAACAUGAACCCUUUUCCUUAGAAGAACUCAUAAUUCGUAUGAGGAAAGAAGAGAGAAGGUAUCAAGGGCCUGGCAACUUCUAACUGUUUGAAAUGUCUUUUACCCUUUUAAAUAAUUGUCAACUUUUAGGUCUAAUUUCUGUACAUAACAGAAGCCAGUCUUUUUAAGGCAUAGAGGUCAAGUUGGUAAACUGAGGUUUGUGCCCUGAAGAUAAAAGCCACUACUUUUUCAUAAGGAAGCUAAAGCAGAGUAGGAAGUUAAGUUUCCAGGUGAUUUCCCUCAGAUCAUGCUGUGCCCUUUCAUGAGAUGCCAGGUUUCCUGUGAGACUUUCCUGGGUCAUUUUGUCCUUCAAGCAGUGGGAGCUCUCAUGGAGAUGGUGUUGCACUUUUUAGAGGGGAAAGAAAGUGAUAAAGCUACUGGCAGUAAUCUGCUCAUAUUCUUGUUUUCGCCUAACAUGUGAUUGGAGCAAGGGAGAGAAGUGUGAUGAAUGGACUGUCACAAGCCUGCUGCUAUUUGAGGACAAGGGUCUUCCUUGCUUCAGUGAGAUUCUUCUGCUGUGUUCUGCUAGAAAAAAUUGAGCCCAAUCCCACCUCCAUGUGCUGCUGACUCUGUUACUCUGCCCUUGGGGGAACUCUCCUGUGAUUGGCGUUGUCUAACUGCAAAUGUAUGAGCUUGACCCAGGCUGAAGAGAUUCAUGUCAAGGCUUCUUAGAUCCUCUUUAACAUAAGCAACGUGCAAGAGUGAGUGUUUUCAAAGUGUAGCUCAGUUCUUUUAGAAGAAAACAAGCUGCCUUUCAAAUGCACUGAGCAGCAGGUGGCAUGAGUUGGAGCUCUUAUUUUUGCUUGAUUAGGGACAUUGAAAUUUUUGUGUCCAUGGAAACAUGAACAGCAGUCCAUUUCUGGAAAAAAGACUGCUGCUAAGUUGUAACUGCUCUAUAAUUUAGUAAGACUGAAGUGUGGGAGACUUGAGGCAAUAUGGGACCAUACAUACUUUGAGCUUCUUUUCCCUUGGCUUAUCUUAGCUUUGAGUCUUAUUUAUCAACAGUAGUAACUUAUGUUAGUGGAAGUGGACUCUUAUAUGACUUAGUGAGCUGACUUUGAACUUCUUUGACUUCCUAUUUGUUUGGUGGCUAAUGUCAUCAGACCCAGAUGUCUGAUAGGUUUCCUGAUGCUCUCCUGACUGAUGGUGAACUUUUAACUCUUACGUGCUUCGUUGACUUCCUCUGAAUUCCCUGGUACUCUUCCCCAGGGUUUUGCAAAUAAGAAAGAAGUGCAGACCUUAAAGGGCUUUCAGUUUUUUGGAGGUGAGAGACUGGGGGCUGGAGUUCUCAAUCUCUAGUUCUGUUGCAAUGUUACUGCUAGCUCCUUGCCCCUGUGGGAGUACUUCUGAUGAACAGAGUGUUGUGUGUGUGGAGGCAGUCUUGUUGAAGGAUAGGCAGACUCUCUUUUGCAGAAGUAAUGGGCUGGAGAUCAGAAAGGAGAAUGAGGCUGCUCUACAGGUGUGAGAGCUCAAAGCUGUCCCUUUUACUAUAUGCAUGGAAGCGUGAGUGGUGCUCUAGUGAAAUGGCAGUCAGGGUCUGGUAUUACAAGUUUGUUCCACAUUCUGAGCAACUGAAUGAAUGAGCUGCUUUCUGCUCCCUUCAUAGCUUCUUUUGAUACUGCAGUCCAACUCAUGCCUCUGUACUGUCAUGAUGGGGGCCACUCUUGGAUAACUGGAGCAGAGGGAGCUGUGUUGGAAGCCUGUACUUUACAAAUGCCUUGUGUUUCCCAGGGGGACCUAAUGUGUCACAGCACAAAACUGCCAAUGCACAUUUUUUUUUCUGUUUGUCAAGAGAAGUGGUUUCUCAGUUUUAAAACAGACCUUGUCAUCACUGCAGAGAAACACCCUGUGGGAUUGCCUCCCCAGGGUCUGGCUGCUAGAAUUUGCACCUUUGGAAGGUAAAGGGUGCAGAUCAUAUUACUUUCAUCUGACCUUUCUUUCCCCUCUUAAAACUUGCUGCUGCUCACUGGAACUGCUAAAAUGGCAGAGUGUUUUCCUGGCAACUGCCAGCCUUCCUUUAACUCUUUGGUGACUGCCAGCAAAUAUAUUUGAGAGUGGAGAAGCAGGGUACCCUGAGGAUGGACGUUACUAGCACUAGUAUGAAUGAACUGAGAGCUCUGGACUCUAAUUUCCUUAGCCCUUUUCCAAGUUUAGGCCAGGGGUUGACUGCAGCUCUGGACACGCAGGUGUCUGGGGCUAAGGUGGAGUCAGAGCCAACCCUAGUAGCCUGUUGGUGGUAAAGUGCACCAUUCUCUUUAGCAGGAGGCACACAAGAUAUUGAUGUCAGCAUCAUACCUGGUAUCCUUUGAGUCGCCAGCCCAAAUGGCUAGAUACCCUUUACAGCUGGGUCAGCUGGAGGUGGCCUGAAGCUUGAGUCUGUAGAGAGACUUCACUGUGCCUCUGACUUCACCUUAACUGCUCUGCCACAAUCUCCUUGGUAUUUCUGGUGUAUAUAUGGUCCUAAGAACCUGAACAGGGUAGCAGCUGUAUCCCUGUUAAUGUGAGAGGCAAUCUCAAACUGGAUAUUUUCAGGUCCUGACUUUGGAGGAUUUAAAAAGAAAAAACCCAGGUUGUUUGGCUGAGCAUCUCAUAACUUUUGGUGCUUGUGUAUACAGUCUUAAGGGUCGCAUUUCUCUGGAGUGCAUUCUCCAGUGUUUGGGGGGGGGGGGGGGGGGCUUCUGGUUUUUCAUAGUUUUAAUGCCCCAAGAAUCUUGUUUCUAAAUCUUGCUCAGAGUUUACAUUAUUCUUAUAUUUGUCUAGGACCUCCAAAUGAAGGAUUUUUCUAGUAUGUGUGUGUGAAAAGGGUGGUGGGCUUUCCUUUUUCAUAGAUCUUUAGUUGAGAAUCUGGGAAAGUAUCUGACAUUUCUGGGGGCAGUCACAUUCCCCUAGGGUGGCAGCAUGUAGACCACAUGCAAUGUGAUAUGUGAGAUACCAUGUCAUUAAACUACUAUACUCAGUUAUCAUACCUGUCUUAAGGCUUCCAUUUCCCCUCUUCGCAAUAGCACAAAGUUAAUAAACCCUUUCAUUUUUAAGGGAUUUCUGCACUUUUUAAAACUGGAACAUAAAUUGUUUGUAAGCUCACUGCCUUCUGGGGUGAAUGUGCUGUACAGUCUUGUUUAUCUCCUUCCAAAGCAGCUGUCCCCAUGUUGGGGCAAAGACAGGUCCCCUCAUUCCUGCAAAUCAUUGACUUGGAAAAUACCUUCCUCAAAUGAGAAGGAACCACACCAAUGCUCUGCCAAGUUUUGGGGGAUAGAAAGAGCAGGACAAACGCCUCUAAAAUGGGUGUAUAAUCUUUGUGGGGAGGAAGCCAGGUGUACACCACAGGGCUCCCAAUAGAAAUUUUAAGGCUGUGAAAAAUCAAGUGAUAGCAAUUGUUCUUUGUGCUUUGCUUUAAUAGAUUCAUCUGAUUUGGACACAAUUGUACUGGACAUUUUUUUUUCUUGAACUGACUUUCAUGUUUUCUAUUGUAAUCUUGUGAAUAUUUUAAUACACUUUUUUUUUCCA